AUGUCUUCUCUAAAACACGAAGAACAAGUAAGCACGGAAACCUUCGAGGGUCAGAUCGUAGAUGCGAAGAACGUCACAGAUGGCGAUUUGGCCAUGGCCAUCGCAGAAGAAUCUGCAGGCCUCGAAGUCGACGAGCGUACUUACAAUCGCCUUCUCCGGAAAAUCGAUUUCAUUAUGCUCACGGUUUUGUCUCUCAUCUCUGCCUUCCAGUACAUGGACAAGUCUUCCAGUAACUACGCCUCUGUCAUGGGAAUCAAAACAGACCUGAAAAUGGUGGGUAACCAGUACAACUGGGUUGGAACAAGUUUCUACCUGGGUUUUCUCAUUUUUGAAAUUCCCACGUCCUGGUCCCUGCAGCGAUUGCCACUCUCCAAGAUUACGUCUGCAUAUGUCAUUUUGUGGGGCGUUGUCCUGUGCCUUACCUCGCUGGUGCAUAAGUACUCCGCGUUUAUCGUCACCAGAACUAUUCUUGGUAUCCUGGAAUCGUCCAUUACACCCGCGAUGGUGCUGUUCAUGUCCCAAUGGUACAAACGCGAAGAACAGUUUUUCCGCACCGCUAUUCUUGUCGCUUGGAAUGGUAUCGGCGGUCUGGUAGGCGCUUCCAUUUCCUAUGCUCUUUACAAACGGGAACUUGAGGGCACUUUGUCCAUGGACGCCUGGAGGAUCAUGUUCAUCAUUGUUGGCCUUAUCACCAUUAUUAACGGAGUGCUUAUUGUUUUGAUCAUUCCUGAUGUCCCGUCCAAGGCUUGGUGGCUCACUAAAGAGGAGAAACUUUACGUCGUUGAGCGCAUUCGUUCCAACAAACAGGGUUACGGUAACAGACACAUCAAGUGGGAGCAGAUUUUUGAGGCUCUCAGGGACCCCAGAUUAUACCUCUACUUCUUCCUUCAAGUGGCCGUAGCCAUCCCCAAUGGAGGAUUUUCAAACUUUAGCGCGCAGAUGAUUGCUGGCUUGGGCUACAGUAAAGGCAAAGCCUUACUUAUGGGCAUGCCAACCAGUGGAAUUUCUUUCGUAGCUUUGGUCUUCUUCGGCUACCUGUCAACCAUCAGAAACCGUCGUUUAGACAUUGCGUUUGUUGGACUGGGGCUUAACUUGAUUGCUGGUUGUCUGAUGGCAUUUGCAAAGCCACUGCACGCCCAAUUGGGUGGUUACUACAUCUUUGGUAUCUCACCCAUUCCUUACAUCUGCAUCCUCAGUUGUAUUGCCUCCAAUAGUGCUGGCCACUCCAAAAAAGUUUUCAUGGGAGCUGUUUCAAUGAUCGGGUAUUGUACCGGUAACUUGAUUGGACCUCAAACGUUCAAAGAAUCGCAGGCACCACACUAUCAGGGAGCCAAGACCGCUAUUGUGGCCUGUUACUGUAUCGCCUUCGUGAUCUUGGCGGCCAUCUAUAUUGUAAACGUUCGCGAAAACAAGAGAAGAGACAGUUUGAAUGAGAAGCUUCCGCUAAGCAUUCAGAACGCCGAGUUUGCUGACCUUACGGACUUCCAAAAUCCUGAAUUUAGAUAUGCUAUAUAG